CCCCGCCCCAGCGACGCUCGCUGCCGGGCUCCGCCCAACGCAGCCCUAACGCGCGCACCCAAGGUGUCUCCCACAGCUCCCGAGCAGAGGCUGGAGGCCGCAGGAUUGGGAGGUGGCGAAGGGGCUUCGAAACGGAAACGGCGGCAGCGCCCCCACUGGGUCUUCCAGGCUAGGAGCGCAAGUCUCUGCGUGCGGCCGGGUCAAGGAGAGCUCACCAGGCAAACUUCUGCAGCCGGAACCCCUCGCCCAUUUGGUUUGGGAACCCGCCAGGAGGAAGCGCACCACUCUACCACUUGUGGCCACCAUGCUGGCUGCCCGCCUUUCCAGACCGCUGUCACAGCUCCCAGGGAAAUCCCUGAGUUUCUGUGACAGAGAAAAUGCAAUGAGACACAAAGUGCUGUUUUACUCCGCCUCCUUUGCCCCACUUGGCCGUCGAACCUAUGCCAGUGAGGUGAAACCGGUUGGCAGCAAAGCUGUCCUGGUCACAGGCUGUGACACUGGAUUUGGGCUCUCCUUGGCCAAGCAUCUGCACUCAAAAGGCUUCCUCGUGUUUGCUGGCUGCUUGCUGAAGGACAAAGGGGGCCCUGGGGUCAAGGAGCUAGACAGCUUGAAGAGUGACCGAUUGAAAACCGUCCAGCUCAACGUCUGCAAAAUCGAGGAGGUGGAAGAAGCAGUGACAGUUGUCCACUCGAUCCUGAAGGAACCUGAGAAAGGGCUGUGGGGCCUGGUUAACAACGCGGGCAUCUCUACAUUCGGGGAGGUGGAGUUCACCAGCAUGGAGACCUACAAGGAGGUGGCGGAAGUGAACCUCUGGGGGACAGUACGGACGACAAAAUCCUUUCUCCCCCUUAUCCGAAGGGCCAAAGGCCGUGUUGUCAACAUCAGCAGCAUGCUGGGCCGCAUGGCCAACCCUGCCCGCUCCCCGUACUGCAUCACCAAGUUCGGAGUGGAAGCCUUCUCUGACUGCCUGCGCUACGAGAUGCACCCCCUGGGCGUGAAGGUCAGUGUGGUGGAGCCUGGCAACUUCAUCGCCGCUACCAGCCUCUACAGCCCCGAGAGCAUCAAGGCCAUCGCCAAGAAGAUGUGGGACGAGCUGCCGGAGGUGGUGCGCAAGGACUACGGCAGAGAGUACUUUGACGAGAAGAUCUCCAAGAUGGAGAGCUACUGCAGCAGCGGCUCCACAGACACGUCCUCUGUCAUCAACGCUGUCACCCAUGCCCUGACAGCCACCACCCCAUAUACCCGGUACCACCCCAUGGACUACUACUGGUGGCUGCGAAUGCAGAUCAUGACCCACUUGCCCGGAGCAGUCUCUGACAUGAUCUACAUACACUGAGCAGUUUCUCUGUGGCCCCUGGUGUGGGGACCUGAUGGGAGGGAGAAGGAAGGGAGGG